AUGCCGAAGAGGCGUAACAGUUGGAUCCCAGCAAGUAAAAAUAAUUCCUUCGCGUCGAACACAAGGAAGGACGCCUUCGAUGAAGACGCGUGGUUGGAGCUCAUGGCGUGGGAAAAGGAGAGACUCCGUUCCUGCAAUGGCUUCGGUGCUGAAGCGUCAUCCUCCACGUCUACCAAGGGUGUGGCCUCUGCGAGGUCGUCCGCCUCGCCGGGCACCUCAUACUGCAAGUCGGCCACUGAUGUGGCCUUUUCGAGGUCGCCCGCCAAAACCUUUUUGGCAACGGCGUUCCAUCCGCCGCCGCCACAUGACUUGUCCACGAGACACACAGUCCUCACAAGCCCAGCCCACUGCUCGGUCCUACCACAGUAUCCCCCUGGACCACCCAGACCUGAUGCAGUCUGUCUCACUAUCACUCCAGGAUCUGAUGGCCUCCACCAAGGACAACCGCACCUCAGACCUUUGUUCUUUAACAUCGAGGAGGAUUUUCUAAGUCUGGUGGGACAAAAGUUAGAGAUGUCUCAGAACCGGGACCGUCCACACGUCACAAAGUCCAACUUGGACUCGUCUUUGUCGUCCGCCACCAAGGACAGCCUUAUGCAGGAACGGGUGUCCAGACCCAGACCCGGGUCAUCUGGUCCUUGGGACGCCUCCAACGACAGCAGCAAGAACCACGCAGAGUCUUACUUCUCACGCAGGGAGGACAGACUUUCUGCACGCAAGAAGGCGGAGGAGGAGAUGACUCGCACCGACUAUAAGAAGAUGUAUGAAAAGGCACUGGCCACCAAUCAGAGGCUGAAGUCCAGACUGGAAACCAGUAAACAGGAACUGGUCGUGAUCCAGGAGCAGCUGCAGAGAGCUCAGCAAAAGGAGGCAAAGAGUGAACUUGGUUCCAACUUGCUUGAAACAGAAAAAAAGCUGCCGUUGACUCCCCUGAGACACUGCGCGUCAAGACAUCCGGGGAGACACCCUUCCGACUAUCAGGACAGCAGGAGUGUGAGGAAGAAGAUCUCUGAGAUGGAGGAGCAGGUGAAGGUGAAAGCAGAAGUUGAAACAGAGAAUCAGAGACUGAAGGAUGAAAAUGGAGCUCUGAUCCGCGUCAUCACCAAAUUGUCAAAGUGACGCACAGAGGAAACAAUAGAUGUGACGUCCCUCACCUGUGGUGUCUCUCAUUUGUGAUGUCUCUCACCUGUGUUGUCUCACAUGUGACGUCUCUCACCUGAGGUGUCUCUCGUUUGUGAUGUCUCUCACCUGUGUUGUCUCACAUGUGACGUCUCUCACCUGAAGUGUCUCUCAUUUGUGAUGUCUCUCACCUGUGUUGUCUCACAUGUGACGUCUCUCACCUGAGGUGUCUCUCGUUUGUGAUGUCUUUCACCUGUGGUGUCUCUCAUUUGUGAUGUCUCUCACCUGUGGUGUCUCUCAUUUGUGAUGUCUCUCACCUGUGGUGUCUCUCACCUGUGAUGUCUCUCACCUGUGGUGUCUCUCAUUUGUGAUGUCUCUUCCCUGUGAUGUCUCUCAUUUGAGAUGUCUCUCACCUGUGAUGUCUCUCACCUGUGAUGUCUCUCACCUGUGAUGUCACUCACCUGUGACGUCUCUCACCUGUGGUGUCUCUCAUUUGUGAUGUCUCUCACCUGUGACAUCUCUGACCUGUGGUGUCUCUCACCUCUGUUGUCUCUAACCUGUGAUGUCUCUCACCUGUGGUGUCUCUCAUUUGUGAUGUCUCUCACCUGUGACAUCUCUCACCUGUGAUGUCUCUCACCUCUGUUGUCUCUAACCUGUGAUGUCUCUCACCUGUGGUGUCUCUCAUUUGUGAUGUCUCUCACCUGUGGUGUGUCUAACCUGUGUUGUCUCUCACCUGUGAUGUCGCUCACCUGUGUUGUCUCUAACCUGUGAUGUCUCUCACCUGUGAUGUCUCUCACCUGAGUUGUCUCUCACCUGUGAUGACUCUCACCUGUGGUGUCUCUCAUUUUUGAUGUCUCUCACCUGUGACAUCUCUCACCUCUGGUGUCUGUCAUCGGUGGUGUCUCUCCAAUAAAUCAAAAAUGUUAUUUUCUAUUCUGAGUUUAUUAAUGUUGAAAUAGAGAAAUUAAAAAUUCAAAUAAGACGUUUACUUUUUUCCCAACAUAGACAAUUGUGUUUGACAUUGCUCUAACAUCCCAAGGAUGCUUCAUUUAAGAACUGUUUUCAAAAUAAAAUACAUCUGUCCAAAAAGUCCUGCCAAUGUCUGAAUAAACACAUUUUAAUUGAUGCUUUUUUGAGUACAAUUAAAUGUAUUUGCUCCCUGCCAACAAUGAUCAUUUAUAUAAUAUUUUAUUUCUAGAAAUGUCCCCACUUUUAAGAGGUAUUUACUUAUUUUAGUUAUUGACUAAUAUUAAUUUCACCAUGAAUAUUUAUAUUGUUUAUAUUUUAGUUUUAAAAUGGAGGAAACAAUUAUUCAAGUAAGAUGUUUUGGUUUCCCACACCUAGAAAAUUAAAGGUUGCAUAACAUCAAGGAAAUUGAAUAGUAUCUGUUUUCAGAAUAAAAUACUUGCUACCUGCCAAGAUUUUUGUUUUAUUUCUAAAAAUUUCCCCAGUUUUACUUAUUUUUAGUCAUUGACUAAUUUUAAUUUGAGCAUGGACAUUUUUAUUUUUGAUAUUCCAGUUAUAAAAUGGAGAAAACAUUUUUUCAAAUAAGAUAUUUUGGUUUUCCAUGCUUAAAAAAAUAUUGUUUUAAAGAUUCCACAACAUCAAGGAAGUUGAUUUUGGCUAGCACUUGUUUUCAAAAUAAAAUUAUUCUGUCCUAAAAGUCCUGUCAAUUUCUGAAUGUACAAAUUUGUAUUAAUGUUUUAUUCGAUUUAAUUACAAUGAUUUGCUCCCUGCCCAGAUUUUAUAUUUUAUUUCUAGAAAUUUCCUCAGUUUGAUUUAUUUUUAGUCAUUGUCUAAAUUAAAUUUUAGCUUGGAUAUUUAUAUUGUUUAUAUUCUAGUUUUAAAAUGGAGAAAACAAUUAUUCAAAUAAGAUAUUUAGGUUUUCCACACCUAGAAAAUCGUGUUUAAAGGUUCCACAACAUCAAGGACGUUGAAUAGUACUUGUUUUCAAAAUAAAAUACUUAUUUCUAGAGUAAAAGUCCAGUUAAUUUCCAGUUAAAUAAAUCUUAAUGUUUCAUCAAAUAUAAUUAUUUAUUUAGUCUUGAUUUUUAUUCCUCAAAUCUCAUAUUUUGUCAGCUCUUUUUCUCAGGCUACACAUAAAGUGGUAUUUUAUUGCAUUGUCAUAAUUCAGGUCUAAAGUAAAAGUGCAUUGUUAGAUCAUCUGUGUGGUUAUACUAGCCUCUAGUGUCCAAUAGUGGAACAGCACCUUCUUUAUAAAACUACAUUUUAUUCCAUCACUUAACUGCAGCGUCGCGUGAUUUGGAUUUAUUCUGAAACAUAGUUAAGUCUACAGGAAAUACAUUUAAGAUUACAUUUUCUAAUAAAUAUUUGUUUUAUUAGCUUUUAUUCAUCUGUUUGUUUCUGCAUGUUGGUCAUUGUGGGGAACAUGGAGACUAAAUUGUUUUCUGAAGAGGUCCAGAUAAUGUUGGUGUUACUUGUGCCCCGGGGUCACUUUCGUCACCUCCUUGUGUGACCUUUGACCCAGGGUCACUUUCAUCACCCUCAUGGUGUGAUUUGUGACCCGGGGUAACCUUCAUCACCCCCAUGGUGUGACUUGUGACCCGGGUUCAUCUUCAUCACCCCCAUGGUGUGACUUGUGACCUGGGGUCACGUUCCUCACUCACUUGUGUGACUUGUGACCCGGGGUCACGUUCAUCAACCCCAUGGUGUGACCUUUGACCCAGUGUCACUUUCAUCACCCACUUAGGUGAAAAUGUAUCAUGAAGACUAACAUCAGCACUUUGCUCUUUUUCAGACAUGCUGGGAAAGCAGAAGUCACAAACAUGACAUCACAGGUGUCAUCACAAACAUGACAUCAUGGAUGUCAAACUCGAGGCCCUGGGGACCAGAUGUGGCCCACACUUCAUUUGACGUGACCCCUCAUUAAAGUACUUCGUAUUUCUUACAA